GGUCCAUCAAGUAGACACCGCCGCUUUCACUUCAGUGGCGUGGUCUUUGUCGCGAAUUUUCUUUCUUUUUUGCUCCUGAUUUUUGGAUUCCAUCAGAUCAGUCAACAUGGGCAAAAAGGAGGAAGAGGAGAUUAUCAGAAUUGCGAAGAAGAUGGAUAAAAUGGCGCAGAAGAAGAACGGGGCUGGGGCUUUGGACCUAUUGAAGGAGCUGCGCAGUGUCCCCAUGACUCUCGAGCUGCUUCAGUCUACCAGAAUCGGGAUGUCCGUUAACGCCAUCCGCAAGCAGAGCACUGACGAAGAAGUGACAUCUCUAGCCAAGUCCUUGAUCAAAUCAUGGAAGAAGCUUUUGGAUGAGCCUGGUGGUGGAGAGAAACCUUCAGAUGAAAAGAGGAAAGAACAAACAACACCUGUUGUUUCUCCAUCACAGGGAAGCCCAGAGGCAAAAGAAGAAAGCAGCUCCAGCAGUAACUCCAGCAGCAAGAGCGAGCCCACUGAAGUUACACCCAAUACAUUAAUCAACACCUUUCCUCGUGCCCCCAGCACCUCUGACUCUAUCAGGCUCAAGUGCAGAGAGAUGAUAUCCAAUGCUCUGCAGGCAGGAGAUGAUUAUAUUGCUAUUGGUGCUGAUUGUGAUGAACUCGGAGCACAGGUUGAGGAAUGUAUCUUCCAAGAGUUUAAGAACACAGACAUGAAAUACAAGAAUCGUGUGCGGAGCCGAAUCUCGAACCUGAAGGAUAUGAAGAACCCUAAUUUAAGGAGGACUGUGUUAUGUGGGAGUGUAACCCCUGAGCGGAUGGCUAAGAUGACUGCAGAGGAAAUGGCCAGUGAUGAGCUGAAGGAAAUGAGAAAGAAUUUGACCAAAGAGGCUGUCAGGGACCACCAGAUGGCCACCACUGGAGGCACUCAGACUGAUCUGUUCACCUGUGGCAAGUGCAAGGGGAAGAGCUGCACCUACACACAGGUUCAAACUCGCAGUGCUGAUGAGCCAAUGACCACGUUCGUCUUCUGCAAUCAAUGCGGGAAUAGAUGGAAGUUCUGCUGAGUCUGCAGGCAUUUCCACGGCACUCGGACAAGUAGCAAAAUUCCUGGACCAGGUUCUGUCUCUCUGCAACAGAUUGGAGCUUUGCAUUCUGUGGUACAUGGUACGCACAUGCCAUACAAAGAUGCCACUGCGGUUACCGUUUGAGUAAAUAUCCUGUUCAUAGAUUGAGCUCAUUGUCAGUUCCCCCGACUCCCUCCCCCCAAAAAUCUUUUACUAUUGUUAUUAGUUGUUUCUCACUGUCAGAUAUAUGCGAUCAGUCUUGUCUCAUUCUCUUUUAUCUGCAUUUUUUAUAUGUAGUUUUAACACUUUGGACAAUGUCGUUUUGCGUUCCCCUCACAACAUUGCAUCAUUUUAUUUAAUUUCCCAAUAAAGUGUAAUCCAUUUGAUUAAAAAGAAGUGCUUU